AUGAUAAUUAAAAAAAAAAUGCCUAUUAAAUAAGCACAAAUCAAUUAUAGUUAAAGUAAAAUAUAUAGUUAUUGAAUAGACAAAAAAUAAUUUUGGGAAUAAGUGUUAAAAGAUCAGAAGAUUAAUGAUUUACCUUAAUUUAAUGAAUAAGAUAAUGAAUAAUAAUCAAUAUCUACACCUAGAAAUGAACACAUCGUUUAAUAAUAUUGGUUUCUUUAAAAGUUUUUUCUCUUAUAUACUCUUUUAAAUUAUACACAUCUAUUUCAUUUUAUGACAUUUUUUAAAAAAGAAUGGCAAUUAUUUACCUGUAGAAACUAGUAAUUACAUUGGAAUUUAUUCCUAUUACCACUUAUAUUUUAUUAAUUAUCAGCAUAUAUUUCAUUCAAAAUAUAAAAUAUGGGAUUACUUAUAAUUGGAUUAGUGAUUUUCAGCAGUUUAAAUUUAAUGAUAAGUAUAUUAUAUAGACCAAAAUAAAAUCUUGAUCAACAUAUGCAUGAAACAUGUUUAAAGCUUGAGAAAUUAAGAGAACUCUUUAAAAUAAAUAAAUAAAAUAAUUAAGAAGUAAGUGAUGAGAUUGAUAAAUAAAAAGAAGAUUAAUAAUAAGAAUUUAUUGGUAACAUAAUAAAAACUACUUAAAAUUAUUAUCCAAAUUUAAUAUCAUAUAAUAAUUUACUUUAACAAAAUAUUUAGCCAAAGUGGUGCUUGACUUUUUUUGGUCUAAGUUUUUUAUUAUCUUUUUAAAUAUAUGAUAUAUAUUGGGAAUUUACAUUUAGUUGGUUAUAUGGUCUACUAUUAGAAUAAUUAAUUAGAGUAUCAUUUUGUUUGAUUUAUUCAAAAAGAUUGACUUCUAAGUGGAUUUUACAAGGACCUGAUUAAGUUUACUAAGAAAUGUAAAUAUUAGCUGAAUUUUAUAAACCUUUAAUGUUAAUAAAUAAAAGUCCAUAGAAAUAUAUAAUGAAUGAUACUCAUGUAAAUAUUAGUGGAAUGAGUAAAGAUUAAUCAAAUUUGAAUAUUUUAAAUCAUAAUUCAACACAUGAUUUAAUUCAGAAUAAACAUUAAAUUUUAAGAAUUACAUCAGCAAAUUUAGGAACUAUUGAAGAUACUAAAUUAGAUAUAACAGAAAAUGUGAAAGAAUUACCUAUUUUAGAUUCUGAUUAAGCAUUGGAUACAGAAUAAAAUAACAAUAAGUAAAAUUUAAAUGAAUAAACAGAAAUGGAUACAUUACAAGAAGAUUUAUAAUUUAAAAAGAAGAAAGUUUAAAGAGUAAAAUUAGAAGCUUUGUAUCAUUCUAAAGUAACAAAUAGAUCUCCUAAACCAAAUUUACCUAAACCUUAAUUUUAUUCAAGUUAAAAAAAUAAAUAAAAUUAAGAAAUAGAAAAUUAAGAAUAAGAAUAAGAGAUAUUUAUAUAGAAUUAAGAUUUUGAUGAAGCACAAAAAGAAAAUAUUAAUUGUGAUUUAUUUGAAUUUAAAGAGAAUUUAAGUAGUUCUCCUCCUCAAUUUAAUCCGAUUGAUUUUUUAAAGAAUAUUAGUCCAAUAGGAUCUGAUCUUUCUUAAAGAAAUGAAAUUCCUCAUUAAUGGGAAGAGCCUGAUGAAGAAGAAGCAUGUAAUUUUAAAUCUUCCUUUAAUAAUGAAUUUUAAGAAGCAGAAUUUGAUAGAGGAAUAACACCAAAAAUUAUGCCAUUAUAACCUAUAAGUAAUAUUAAUAAUAGAUCUCCUAUUAAUUAAUCUUUAGGAAGUGGUCCAGGAAGUAAAUUUGGAACUGGAAGUAAAAUUGGAACUGCUGCAAGAAGAAAUAAUAGUUAGAAAACAUCUAAAGAAGAAGAAGAAAAAUCAUAUAAGGAAUCUAAAAGAAUUAAAGUAAAUACUAGAAGUGGUAAAUAAUCUCCAGAUAGAAAAAAUAAAAAAAAUGGAAAACCUAGAGGAUAAUCUAUGAAAGUAAGAGCUAAUAAAAAAGAUGAUAUUCCAACUUUAAAUUUUGAUAGUGCUAGAUUUUAAUCUCCUUAUUUAGAUUUUCUCCCUGGAAUGAAGGAUUCUUCAUAACAAUAAAAAACAUAAAGAAAAUAAAAUAUUAGUGCCAAUAAAUAGAAAAUUUAAUAAAUCAUUCAAUCUUAUGAAAAUAUUUAAACAUCCAAUGAACAUAGAAAUGUUGAAUGA